CGCAUGCAUGAGGAAGCAUGUACGAGAUUUAUGUUUCUCUAACAAUUCCUUUUCGAUAACAUUCAGGCACAACAGCGGAGCGCGAACUUUGCCCUGCAUGAUGUAGAAAAAAACAUCGGUCUCGAUAUUGAAGUCUAUGGGUAUUUCAAAACGAUUCUGGGCUCUGCAACACGAGGACCGACCCCAGGGACCGCCUGCAGCGAGCUCAGCUUGCCCACUGCGGGGGAAGUUAUCAAACAUCUGGAAAUUAAUGAUCGUGACGUACAGCAUGUUGGUGCCGAGUAUGCAGAGUAAAUGCGAGGAUCAAGAAGAAUUAGGGCUUGGCCAGGUGCCGAAGACAGAGAAGACACAUUGCGAAACUACAAUAAUCAAAUCGCGCAAAGAUCUGACCCGAAGUGAUCGUAUUCAAUACCUGAACUGGGAUGCGAGGCCCACACUCGGAUCCUG